AUGGUACGACAAACAUCAUCUUAUAUUUUUAUUAUUAUAAAAAUCGUAUUUAUAUAUUUCAAUAAAAUCAAUUGUAAAUCUGGAAGUCCUCAUUAUUCAUCAUCACGCACACUUAAUCAAGGAACUUCUGGUGGACACGGUUCAUUUUCUCGAAAUCAAGAAAAUCCAUGGUCUCAAGAUAUGAAUUCAUGGUAUGACUAUGCAACAUAUUUCUUUGAGCUAUCUUAUCAAGUUGUCUUUACUAGUUUAAAAGUGCCUAGUAAGAGUGGUUCUACUGCAUCCGGUGCAUCUUCUUCAAAUCCACAACAAUACUCUCAAUCUAAUUUAAAUUAUUAUUAUUCUUCAUAUUAUAAUCUAGCUCUCAAUGAAUCCGAUUCAAUACCUGAUGAACAACGUUUAAUGGUACAAUUAUUAAGAAAUUAUGAUCCAUCAGCAAGACCUGUAUAUAAUGCAUCAAAUACUGUUAGUGUUGCUUUUGGCAUUUCUUUGACUCAACUAAGCGAUAUGGAUGAAAAAAAUCAAGUAUUAACAACAAAUAUAUGGCUCGAACAGGAAUGGUUUGAUCAACGUUUAGUAUGGAAUGCAUCGGAUUUUAAUGGUUUAUCAACGCUUCGUUUACCAUGCUCAAAAAUCUGGUUACCAGAUAUUGUUCUAUAUAAUUCAGCUGAUGAUUAUACUCAAGGGUUUUAUCAAAGUAAAGCUAUGGUAGAAAAUAAUGGACAUGUUUUUUGGCCACCGCCAGCUAAAUUUCGAUCAUCAUGUAAAAUUGAUGUCACUUAUUUUCCAUUCGAUGAUCAAUUAUGCAAAUUAAAAUUUGGUUCGUGGACAUACGAUGCAGCUCAAGUUAAUUUAACAAAACGACGUGAAAAUGUUGAUAUGAAUAAUUAUAUACGUUCAGGUGAAUGGCAUAUUCUUCAUAUUGAAAUGAAACGUAAUGAUGUUACAUAUCCAUGUUGUCCAGGAAUUUAUUAUCCUGAUGUAACAAUUUAUGUUCAUAUGCGUCGUCGUGUAUUAUAUUAUUUAUUUAAUAUAAUAUUUCCUUGUAUAUGGCUAUCAAUUCUUUCACUUCUUGGAUUUUGGCUUCCACCAGAUUCGGGAGAAAAAAUAACACUUGGUAUAACUGUUCUUCUUGCUUUUUCUGUUUUUAUGUUAUUAAUUGCUGAAUCAAUGCCAGCAACAAGUGAAAUGGUUCCACUUAUUGAAAUCUAUUUAACUGUUGUUAUGGCACUUACAUCAUUAUCAAUUGUAUUAACUGUUUAUGUUCUUCAAUUACAUCAUUCUGGUCCUGUUAUUAUUUCUAUUCCACAUACAUUUAAAUAUUCCUUAGUUAGAUAUAUAGCACCAUUUAUAGGAAUGACAAAAAUUGUUCAAAUUUAUGCUGAAGAACAUAAUUUAAUUGAAACAGAUGAUGUUUAUCGAUGUUUUGCUACAAUACCAACAAAACCAAUAGAUACAUCAGUUAUUGAUAAUGAGAAAAAAUAUGUUUAUCAAAAAAAGAAUAUUAAACAUCGUCAAGAAAAUUCUCAUCGAGAAGAAGCCCGACAAAAUCAUGAUGAUGAAUAUGAUCAUGAUGAUGAUGAUGAUGAAGAAAAAAUGAAACAAUUUAUACCAAAUACAUUAGAACGUAGUAAUGGUGAUAUUCGUUCAUCAUCAACAGCAAUUAAUAAACGUACUUAUUCACAUCAUCAUCAUCGUUCUCGUUCACGUCCUUCACAAAUAGUUCUUAUUCCUGAACAAUCUCAUCCAUUACCAUCAAUAAGAAAUACAAAUAUAACAUCACAUUAUGAAUUAUUUAAUUCGAAUAUGUAUUUACUUGAAAAACAUUUAAAACAUAUUAUGGAUAAACAAAAACUUGAAGAAGAUAGAAAUGAAAUUGUUAAUGAAUGGAAAUUAAUGGCACUUAUUAUGGAUCGAUUAUUAUUUUGGAUUUUUAUGACAUUAACGUUUGUUAGUACAAUUUUAUGUUUAAUUAUAAUACCUUUAUUAAAAAAUGCUGGAUAUAUAUCAGCAAUAGCCAAAGAUUUACUUGAUGAAUACAAAGCAGCUGAAUUAUUACGAAAUGCUGCUGAAGAACAAAUGAAAAUGAAUUAUUCGGGAUCAUAA